AUGUUCGGGGGCCUUGGCCGGCUGGCAGACGUUGACCACGUAUGCCUGCGAAGCGAAGGGGGGCCACUGCAAGUCCCCGACAGUAAGAAGUUCUCAGCAACCAGAGCAACUGCGAAAGAUGCUUACUGGAGGCAGACACAUCUCGCAUCUUUGCUGAAAUCUUGUUUUCCGAAGCCUGGUUUUCUUACUCCGAAGCAAUGA